AUGACACAGAACCUGACACAGAACCUGACACAGAACCUGACAGAGAACCUGACACAGAACCUGACACUGAACCUGACAGAGAACCUGACACAGAACCUGACAGAGAACCUGACACAGAACCUGACAGAGAACCUGACACAGAACCUGACACAGAACCUGACAGAGAACCUGACAGAGAACCUGACAGAGAACCUGACACAAAACCUGACAGAGAACCUGACACAGAACCUGACACUGAACCUGACAGAGAACCUGGCAGAGAACCUGACACAGAACCUGACACUGAACCUGACAGAGAACCUGGCAGAGAACCUGACAGAGAACCUGACACUGAACCUGACAGAGAACCUGACACUGAACCUGACAGAGAACCUGACACAGAACCUGACACAGAACCUGACAGAGAACCUGACACAGAACCUGACAGAGAACUUGACACAGAACCUGACACUGAACCUGACAGAGAACCUGACACAGAACCUGACAGAGAACAUGACACAGAACCUGACACAGAACCUGACACAGAACCUGACACAGAACCUGACACAGAACCUGACACAGAACCUGACAGAGAACCUGACACAGAACCUGACACUGAACCUGACAGAGAACCUGACACAGAACCUGACAGAGAACCUGACACAGAACCUGACACUGAACCUGACAGAGAACCUGACACAGAACCUGACACAGAACCUGACAGAGAACCUGACAGAGAACCUGACACAGAACCUGACACAGAACCUGACACUGAACCUGACAGAGAACCUGACACAGAACCUGACAGAGAACCUGACAGAGAACCUGACAGAGAACCUGACACAGAACCUGACACAGAACCUGACACUGAACCUGACACAGAACCUGACACAGAACCUGACACAGAACCUGACACUGAACCUGACACAGAACCUGACACAGAACCUGACACAGAACCUGACACUGAACCUGACAGAGAACCUGACACAGAACCUGACAGAGAACCUGACACAGAACCUGACACAGAACCUGACACUGAACCUGACAGAGAACCUGACACAGAACCUGACACAGAACCUGACAGAGAACCUGACAGAGAACCUGACACAGAACCUGACACAGAACCUGACACUGAACCUGACAGAGAACCUGACACAGAACCUGACAGAGAACCUGACAGAGAACCUGACAGAGAACCUGACACAGAACCUGACAGAGAACCUGACAGAGAACCUGACAGAGAACCUGACACAGAACCUGACACAGAACCUGACACUGAACCUGACACAGAACCUGACACAGAACCUGACACAGAACCUGACAGAGAACCUGACACUGAACCUGACACUGAACCUACAGCUUUCAUUACUUGGAAAUGAUCACGUUUUGAAAAGAUGCCUCUCUCUGGGACUGCAUGUGUCGGAACGCGCGAACGACACGGACCUCCACCAAUCACAGCCCCGCACCCUUCGCGCUUCCACCAAUCCCUGCUCCCUCUGCUCCAUGUGGGCGUAUCCACCGGCUCCCCUCGCCGUUUUUUGGAGUUUGCUAAAUUACUGCAGCAGGAGAAGCCGCCAGAGCCCCUCUCUCUCACCCCUCUCCCACCGCGGACCACAUCUGGACUCCCGCCUGCGUGCGCCUCUCCCACAGCUGUGCCACGGGAGAACGACACUUCACGCGUAG